UCUGCAGUAAAUGGGUGCCGUCAGAAUGAGAGUCCAAACAGCUGAUAAAAACAUCAUAAUAAUCCACAUGACUUCAGACCAUCAGUUUAAUGCCUUGGGAAGUGAAAAGUUGCAUGUUUGUAAGAAACAAAUCCAUCACUUCAAGCUGUCGCUUAUGGCCAAAAUAUGAACAGCAUAUUUGUUUAGAACUGUUUUUGACUGUUUUUAACUUGUAAACUGUGCUUGAUCUGUGCAUAUUUCUCUCCUGAUUUAGAUGAGAUGACUGUUUCACUGGCGAAAGCAAUAUUAUGGAUAGAAGACUUUAUUACAUGCAGCUUUUCAUUUCACAAUUGAUAGACUGGAGUUGUGUGGAUUACUGUGAUGUUUUUCUCAGCUGCUUGGACUCUCAUUCUGACGGCACCCAUUCACUGCAGAGGAUCCAUUGUUGAGUAAGUGAUGUAAUUCAAAAUUUCUCCAUAUUUGUUCUGAUUAAAUAAGCUAAUCUUUAUUUUGGAUGGCCUGAGGGUGAGUAAAUUUUUAGUUUUGGAUGAAGUCUUCCUUUAAAGAAAAACAAGACACUACACCUUCAAACAAUGUGAAAUAGUUAUUAUAGAUCAGUACCUGUGAUAGACAUUUUUAAUCUUUUGACUGUUUACAAAUCCCUUUUUUUCACAAUAGGUGGGUUACAUUAGAGUCAUUUUACUGUCUGUUGAGGCACUGAAUGUUGGACGAACAUUCCUGCAAUGUCCAACAUAGUUGCAUUGUGAGUAAAAUAAGAAAAAUCCAUUGUGAAAUAAACAGAUUUUUAAAAAUGAAAUUCAUCUGCUGUCAUGACUUUUACAUCUUCAUUUGUGGCUGAAAUGAUAUAACGUGCUGGACAUGAGCAUAAUAAAAUGUCAAAAUGUGAUUUAUUAUCCUGCCCAAACACCCAGAUCUCUGGUAAUCAAGCAUAUCUUGAUUAAAAACACAGACAUGUCAUUUUUCUGAUGCAACAUUCACCUUUCUCCUACAUCUGUGUGCUCUCUUUUGUCUGUUGGAAUGACAUAAGAACACAGAUGUUAGCGCAGUAGCCAAUGGUGAGCAGGAGGGGGCUGGUCUGGACCACUCUCCACUCCAUCCUGUCUUUUAAAACUCUGGGAAGUUCACGAAACUAUCAGACUUGAUUUUGAAGGACAAGGGAAACAAAUUCAUUGGUCAAGCCACUCAAGAACUUGACAAACUUUUUUUUGGUGUGUGUCUUUAAUUUAUUAUUUGUUACCAACAGCUGCCCAUCAGUGGCUGUGGCACUAUGUGGGACUUCACAGUCGUGACGUUGGUGCUGUCUACCGUCUUUGUUGUGUCUCUGGCACAAGGACCCAUCUGGGACAGCUCACAUCUUCGGAGGUUGAACAAAACAGACAGAAACAGAAAGCUGGCUUACAACAGCCUAGUGGAGCCACAGACCACAGGCGUAACUGAGUGGACAUCCUGGUUCAAUAUCGACCAUCCAGGAGGAAACGGCGACUACGAGAGGUUAGAAGCCAUUCGCUUCUACUACCGGGAAAGGGUCUGCUCACGACCUGUAGCCAUCGAGGCCCGUACCACGGACUGGGUUGAAGCUGCGGAUACGGGGGAGGUGGUCCAUUCCAGUCUGGAGAAGGGCUUCUGGUGCAUCAAUAAGGAGCAGCCAUUUGGUCGCAGCUGCUCCAACUACCAUGUGCGAUUCCAGUGUCCACCAGUCCACUCAUACUGGACCGACUGGAGUGAAUGGACGCCUUGCUCUGCCACCGCCUGUAACGAUGUUGGCAUCCAAGUCCGUCAGAGGAAAUGCAUGAGCACGCAACCUCUUCCACUGCUUCUUUCACCCGUCUGCGUGGGACCUCACAUCGAACGGAGAGAGUGUUCAACACCACCAUGUGAAGCUAUGUGGAGCCAAUGGGAUUCAUGGAGUGCUUGCUCAGUUACUUGUGGGAAGGGUCGCAGGACAAGGCGUAGGACAUGUCACAGAUCUUCUACUAAGAUUCAGUGUACAGGACGACCUGUGGAGGUUCAAAAGUGUGGAAAUCCAUGUCCAGUGGCAUGCAAACGUGUCUGUCCUGGGGGACGUCCCAGUAAGGACUGCAGCUACUGUAUGUGUGAGGGACAAACACUAUACGGAGAGGUCUUCAGUAUUACAGGCGUCCCAGUGCCAAAUGCCACAGUGGCUCUGGCUAGCCAAGCCAAGGUCGUCCGUGCCCAUACUGAUGCCAAGGGUCAGUUCAAGAUUGAUGGACUGUGCACCACCCCACAGACCCGAGUGGUCAUAAUGAAGGACAAAUUUGCACCUGUUACUCUCCCUGUUUCCAACAAUAGCACUGAUGAACUCUGGGUACGGGCCAUCUUACGAUCCUCAGAAAAGCCAUAUAUUGAGAAGCACCCAGAAGACAAAGUGCGUUACGAGGGACAACGUGCAACCCUUUGCUGUAGAGCAACAGGAUCACCAAAACCUGACAAAUAUUACUGGUACCAAAAUGGAACCUUACUGAAUCGCACAAUAUACAAGUACGAUGAAGAUUUGAUAUUGCGGGACCUGAAACCAGAGCAUUCAGGGCAAUAUCACUGCAAAGCAACUAGUCUGACAGGCAGCAUCAAGUCUACUUCAGCUGUCCUCACUGUUUUCACUAAAGGAACACCAGCAUGCAACUCAAAACCUGAUUCUCACCUGAUCAAAUUGCCAUUUGACUGCAAGCAGCCUGGAACAGACUCCAAGUUUUACAAUGCAGGUCGCUGUCCACACAACAAAUGCCCUGGGACGCUGGACUUUGACAUGCGCUGCAGGGAUGGAUCUGGCUUCUGCUGUGGGGUCAAACAAAUGGACACUAAAGAAAUCAGCUGUGGCCGUUACACCCUGCCUAUCAAGGUUGUGAGUGAGUGUGGCUGCCAGACUUGUGUGGAGCCCAAAGUUCUUGUACGGGGCAGGGUGGUGUCAGCAGACAAUGAUGAACCCCUGCGCUUUGGACACAUUUACAUAGGGAAGGAACGGAUUGGUACCACAGGAUAUCAGGGUGGGUUCACAAUCCAGGUGUCUCCAGAUACACAGCGUCUUGUGGUAAACUUUGUGGAUCCUUCUCAGAAGUUCAUUGACACAAUCAAGGUUUUUAUCUUUGACAAGAGAGGAGGUGCUGUCUAUCAUGACGUAAAAGUGAUGAGGAAGCAGGAACCUAUUGAUAUCAAUGCUGCAGAAAGCAAUACCAUUUACCUAGGUGAAAUGAAAGAUGAGGACCCCAUCGGUCAACUGGUCAUACCUCCAAACUCUUUCCAUAAAAACACAGGGGAAGUUUACGAAGGGACUGUUAAGGCCAGUGUCACGUUCCUUGACCCACGCAACAUUACCAUGGCUGCUGCCGCUCCUGGUGAUCUCAACUUUGUAGACAAUGAAGGAGACAUGCUACCUCUCAGGACAUAUGGAAUGUUUUCAGUAGAUUUCCGAGAUGGGGAAAACCAAGAGGUUCUAGGAGCCGGUGCAGUCCAGGUUCUCCUUGAUACGGAGCAUGUAAAAAUGCAGGAGCACAUCCCUACAAUGAAACUCUGGUCCCUUAAUCCCGAUACAGGCAUUUGGGAGGAGGAGAGUAACUUUAAACCCACACAAAACACCAUUGCUGGCAGUGGGAGAAACAAACGAGAGGAGCGCACCUUCCUGAUAGGAAAUAUGGAAAUCAGGGAGCGUAGGUUGUUCAAUCUUGAUGUACCUGAGAACCGCCGCUGCUAUGUCAAAGUGAGGGCAUACAUGAACGACAAGUUCCUGCCCAGUGAGCAACUAGAAGGUGUGGUAAUAAACUUGAUAAACCUGGAGCCUAAGCCCGGCUACUCGUCAAAUCCAAGGGCUUGGGGACGCUUUGACAGUGUGAUAACAGGACCAAACGGUGCUUGUCUUCCAGCUUUCUGUGAUGCUCAAAGGCCUGAUGCAUACACUGCUUACGUCACAGCUAUAAUGGGAGGUGAGGAACUGGAAGCAGCCCCCUCAAUGCCAAAAAUGAACCCAAACAUCAUUGGUGUAUCUCAGCCAUACUUAGGGAAGUUAGAUUACCAGCGCUCAGAUCAUGAGGAUCCAGCACUUAAGAAAACAGCUUUCCGAAUCAACCUAGCCAAACCGAACCCUAACAAUUUUGAUGAAACAAGUGGACCGAUCUAUCCCUAUCAGAGUUUAAUUGCAUGUGAAAAUGCACCUGUUGAUGCCAACCACUUUCGUUUUUUCCGUGUCGAAAAAGAUAAAUAUGAGUACAAUGUGGUACCCUUUCAGGAGAGUGACCUCACAUCUUGGACUAGAGACUAUCUUUCCUGGUGGCCAAAUCCACAAGAGUUCAGGGCUUGUUACAUCAAAGUUAAGAUUCAUGGAGCUACAGAAAUCAUAGUAAGGUCAAGAAACCUUGGUGGCACUCAUCCUCAGACCAGAGGUCAGUUGUAUGGCAUAAGAGACAUUCGUAGUACCCGCGACUUACACCAUCCUAAUACCUCUGCUGCUUGUCUUGAGUUCAAGUGCAGUGGGAUGCUCUUUGAUCAAGGUAUUGUAGACCGGUCACUCAUUUCUAUCAUCCCACAAGGUAACUGCCGUCGCAUAGGCAUCAACGGUCUCCUACAAGAGUACCUGAUAAAGCAUCCUCCUGUUCUUCAGAACAAUGAGUCUCAUGCAUUCAAUAUGUUAGCUCCUGUUGACCCACUUGGACACAAUUAUGGAAUAUACACCGUCACAGACCAGAACCCACGUGUUGCCAAAGAGAUUGCCAUUGGCCGCUGCUUUGAUGGAACUUCCGAUGGUUUUUCCAGGGAGAUGAAGUCAGAUUCUGGAGUGGCACUAACAUUCAGCUGCCCUAAAAGAACUGUGAAUCGUGAGAGUUUAUUCCAGCGCUUGCAAACAAAUCCUGGCCUAACACUAACACAGAUGGCACGGGAGAUGAGGGAGUCCCAGGGAUUGCAAGUCAGAAGAGGGUCAACCCAAAUGGUGGCCUACCCUUUUGGUCAACAGGGCAGGAGCCAGAACAGCAGAGCCACAAACACUAACAGAAGGAGACCUGCAAAGAGGACACAACCAAGACAGUAGAUCUUUCUUCAGGAUUUUCGGGUUGAAGAAAAUGAAGAAAACAAAAAAAUCUGCUAUGGAAAUCCCAAACUUGGCCAGCCGGGUGAUAUUAGAUGCUCUGUCCUAAUGGAGCAAAAUCCUAACCUGAUUUAUCCGAAUACAUUUAAACUCUUUCUGCGUGUGUAUGGAAAACUGUCCUCUCAUACUUCCUCAAAGUUUAUUUCAUUAAGACAUUUAUUUUAUGAUUAGGCCAAAUACUCUACAAGUCCCAUACAGACUGAUUUCAUUUAUUUAUUUCAAAUGUCAAAACUUGCUUAUGUGGAGCGUCCUACUUUUCGAUCUGUAAAUAUUGUCUGAUCUCUAAUUGAUCAGUGUCUUCCAUUGAUGACAGGCUAAAUUGGCGAGAUAAGUCUGUAUGGGUUGAAGUCACGUGUGACAGCUGCUAAUCCUUUCAUCAACAACAUAUUCUACUCUAUUGGAUGCAAUGAACAAGACCCAAGGCAGCAAAGAUGCUCAAUCUGUCUCGCAUCCUUUUACUAUUGGUCUGACCAAAGCACAACUGACCCCAACCAAGAAUAACUUCCCUUAACAGAACAGAUCGCCAAGGUAGAAUAAACAAACCUGUGGUGAGACAAAGAAUAAUAUAAUGGCCUUAACUUCAAACACAAAUUAAUGUUUUGUUUUGCUUUUUUAAAUGCCCUCUUCAUCCAUUUGGCCAUAUGGCUGGCCUAAUUAAAAGUUUUCUUUUGAUAUGAAUUCCAACUAAUACAGUACAUCUCAGUGUAUGAUAUCUAGAUCUUAGUGUAAACUGUAUUUUGUUUUGUUUCUGUUUGUCUCCUAAAGUGCAAUAAUGUGUUCCAAUAAUGACUUGAGAGUCCUGACAAAAAAACGUCCUAUGUUAUGAGCCAAUCAACCAUAGGUCUGUUAAAAUGUUGGGCUAUUCCCUCAGUAAUUGCAUAUCUGAAUAUAUUUUUUUUAACCUCAUCCUAAUGAAUUUGGGUUUGCUAAUCCGAUUCAGCCUCCACUAAUUUAGCCAACUGACAAUGCAACAUAAAUGUAGUUGCUGUAUUUUAACUCCACCCUAAAGUAACAAAUAUCCAGUUGUGUGAUUUCAACAAUUAAUGGACCAUAAAAACACCAUAUGGACCUGCAUGAGCUGGACAAGUGUGUUUUUUGAGGUACAUUUUGUAGGUAGCAUUGCUAAUAGGAUUUCAUUAUGGUAAUUCUGAUUUGAUUUGUCUAAUCCCUUACACUUUAACUAUUCUGUAUUGGUUCAAAGCAGAAUGUUAAUUGAGUUGAGGGAUUACAGUGCAUGCUUUAAUAGAUGAUGCAAAAGUUUAUUGUCUGUGUAUCCAAAGAUGUACAGCUGGCCCAAUCCAGGUAGAAUAUAAACAAUAUUAAAACAAUAUUCUAAAAUCAAAUAACAAUAAUUUUGAUUAAUUGGAAAAAUCUGUCUGAAUAAAAGUGAGAUGAACUGAAUAAAGUCUUUGGGAAAUAAUCCAAUAGAGAAAUUUACACUAUAAUAUUGUUGCACAUUUUUCUAAAAUUGCAGUUGAACACAAUUCUCAUAUUUUCUGAGCUGUCUCAUAACAGACCAACAGUAAUCAGACAUUAACAGGACAUUUUUUCCAGUCAUAGAAUCAUGAGGAAAUAAGAUAUAUAACUCUAAAACACACAAAAAAAAAAAAAAAAAAAAAAACAAACAAACAGUAAAACACAUUGCUGAAUGCCAAGUACACACUUAAAAUUAUUUAAAAAACAUUUUUUAAUCUAUCUCAGACAGUCUCACCUGUAAGCGAUGUUAAGUCGUACAUUUGUAACUUGAAUAACUUUGAACUUUUGUAAUUUUGUAAUAUAUCCAGUUGGUCUUUUAGCAUAUCUAUACUGUAUAUUUCUAUUUCAAAGGCAAGAUGGAGUUGGAUAUUGGAUGAAUAUGGCCUCCAGUUAGCUUUCAAAAGUGUUUGUCCUCGCUUCAACUGUCUGGCUGGUCUCAGGGAGACUUUUCCAGGAAUAUCCUCUGGCAAAAUGUGCAUUGAUAACUCUACCACUACAAUACAAAAUGAGAGUUGAAUAGUUGCCUUUGCACCCUCGGAAAUCUCUUUUCAUGCUUGCUUCACAAACAUUUUACAUACAACAAAUCCUGAAAAUCUAUGCAAAUCAUAAUGUAACUUAUACUGCAUGAAAUUUCCCAUCUUGCGAUCUCAAAAGCCAGUUUUAUGUGUAAAUUGUGGAUUACAAUUUCUGCCAAUUUUACAAGAAUGUAAAUAAAGAUCUCUUGUAAACA